AUAUUUUUUAAACUCGAAAUUGCUUUUUGCAUCAGUAGAUCUGGUUCUUAACCAUGGUGUAUACAGAAGAACAGAAAACAAUGUCUAACCCUCAAUUAAAACCACAUUGAGCAAUGUUGAGCCCAUAGUUUAUCCUGAAUUAGGACCAUUUUAUAACUGAUGGUUGAUUAGAGUUAUAUACACUUUGAAACUUUGAAAUCAACUAGACCAUCUAUCAUCUCAGAUGGUGGAACCUGUGGUUACUUUAUUAUGGUCAGCCAUCAUUCAUCUUUCAUAAUGGAUCAUAAUUACCCAAUUGCAUUUCGGAAUCAAAGUAAUUGUACACUAUGAUAGGACCCACAACACACAAACACAAUCCGUAAUUAUUCUUUCAAGCUAACUAUGCUUUCCUGGCAUAUUUCUUGAAUAUCAACAAUUAAUAUCCAUUUCAAAUACACAGUAAUUGUGAACCAUAUACAUUUAUCAAAAUAAUUGACUUAAUAAGCCUUGUUAAGUAAGGUACUAUUAAAAUGAUGGUGGUUUAAAUGACACCAGACCGAUUCUUAUUUGGUUGAAAUGUGAUUAGCAUUUCAGAAUGUAGACAGACCUGGGAGGUGAUCCCUACUCACAGCUCAUAAAAAGAAGAGGGUAAUUGUGUGUGGGACAGGCAGCACCGGAGAGGGAUGCUUUCUGUAUGUCUGUAUCUGUCUGAAACUAUUGUACAAGCCUUUCAGAAAUGUUCAAGUAAUUGAAAGCAUUGCAGAACAAAGGCUUUCUUGAAUACAGCCCAGGAAGAUUGAUUUGUGAAUACAAAGUGUGAGAUUGUAUUAAAAAUUACACAUGUGCAGCACCUGAAAAAAGCAAUUUGAAAGGCAUUUUGAAAAUCAUCCCUACUCUGUAUAAAUCUGUAAAACACUGAAGGAAACCUUUUAAUUGCAGGUGGACCAAGGGCUUAUCUUCUACUAUCAUGAUGGCAGCGACACUGAAUUUGACAGCUUCACAGUUAUAGCCUUGGCUUCUGAGAUAGACAGGAACAGCAAACCGGUGACGGUCAACAUUACUAUCAUUCCAGUCAAUCAUGAUCCUCCCAGAGUUACAGGCAGUAUUGGAUUGAAGGUCCGCUGUCUGGUGGUUUUAGCUUCACAGUGAGUGACGGAACUCACACCACCGCUCAGGUCUUCAAUGUUACCGUGAGGCAGCUGUCCAUCGUCAUGGAAACCAAGGGGGAGCUUGCAGUGUAUCCAGGAACAAGCAAACCAAUCACUAGCCAGAUCCUUAAAACAGUGACCAAUGGCAUGAGAGAGGAGGCACUCUCAGAGGAGAUAACGUAUCAUGUAUUGAGAGCACCACAUCUAGGCAGAUUGAUCUCAGCCAAUCAGACCAUGGUGUCCAGUUUCACUCAGGCAGGGCUGGAGACUGGAUCUAUUUGGUAUCAGCAGGAGCUCCCCAAGAAGGCAUUCUGGAUUUCCCAGGACUCCAUUGAUUUCCUGCUGUCUGCUCCUCUAGCCUCCGAGCUGGAACACACACUCCCGGUAUCCAUAUCCUUCCUGGAGCAGAACCCCACCAACUCCUCCCAGCUCUGGAAGAAUACAGGGCAAAUCUUAUUGGAGAAUAUGGUUCUACUGAUGUGCCAGAAUACCUGCUGAAUGCAACCCGCUUCAGUAAACAUAUAUCGCACUAUUAUAAAAUGCUGUCUCCGACAUUUUAUGAGGUCAAAUUGUAGUCCAAAUCACUAACUGUGAAAGCAAAGCUCCAUUGGGAAAUGACGUCAGAGUGCCGUUAUUUUUUAUAAGUAGGUUGUGUUUUCAGCAUAUGAAACAUUAGAAAGCACAAAUAAUCCUUGUAAAGUUCUGUAAUAAUGAUAUUAAACUAUAAAUCCUGUGCUAUGUUAAUCUAUGUUGCUUUUUCUUAUGGCACACAACGCUGGGAACAGUGAAAAGUAGCUAGCAGGUAAUAUCUAGGCAAACUCUUUGCAUGGUUUGAUUAGCAAACAAGAAAGACACGUCCUGUCUUCCUUUCUUUUAACAAACUGUUAAUAACAUUUUUUAUAUUGUAUGUCAAUUAUAUGUUGAAUUGAAUAAUUACAUACAAAUAAUAUAUGAGGCUUAAAUUUGAAAGCCGAAGGUUUUCUCAACUACCUGAAUAUCUUCACCUGUUAUUGCAUUAAGUUGCACAUAUUAGCAAGUUUUAAGUUUCAAUCUCAAAACGAAUGUUACCCUGAAAUGUGAGUGAUUUAUUAUAGUGUUAUGUGCACUCCUCAAAUGAAAAAGGCUCUAUGUAUAAUAUAGAGAAUCCAAUGAUGGGGAUCUGGGAACCACCAACUCAAUAGAGUAUAGAUAAUUGAUCACACAGUACUAGGGAUAUGAGAGACUGGGGAUUACUCAGUAUUGGAACUAGGGAGCCAGAAAAUUCAAAUGCAUGGGCAUCUGAAAGCUAGAGAUUCUAAAGUGACCGUAGCUAACAAAAUAUGUAAGCAGACACUCUUUUCCCAGUGUUGAAGCACAUAGUAUUCCAGCAAGAGCAUUAUUUUCUCACAUCCAGUUUCUGGUAAUACCAUUAGAAUUAAACAUUUGCAUGUUUAA